UGGCUAUCUGUCCAUAUCUUGUUUCUCUUUCCUUUUGCAACAGUCCAUCACUCUCCACCAUUAAUGGAAUCCUUGUCAAAACCGUUCAAUUAAGUAAUCGACACCUAAAUGGCAAAGAUUGCAGCAGCUCAUACACCAUGUUCAUCUUCAUUCCACAACAAUUUGGUCCCCAAAUUCAAUAAACGAGGAAUACUCUUCUUCUCCCAGGCAAAAAAAUGGAGGUCACAGCCAUUGAUCGUGAAAUCUCAGAUGACAAAUAAUGCUACAACUUACACUUGCAGAAUUAACACUGAUAUUCCUCUCUAUGAAAUUCCCAGGGCUUCGUUUGAUGGAUAUCUGGAGAAUAAGCCUAGAGUUUUCAAGGCCAUUUUCCCUGACAAAAGAAGAAGCCAGCAACUCAAUGAGGAAGAGUGGAGAAUUCACAUGCUACCCAUAGAGUUCCUGUUGAUCACCGUCUUGCCAGUUAUUGAUAUGAGAUUGAGAUGUACAACCAAAGGAGUUGAGUACCCACCGGGGAUCCCUCAUAAUGUUUCUAAGGUUCUUGAACUCGACAUAAUAAGAUGGGAGCUUCAGGGGUUGGAUGAUGUGCUGAAGCCAUCUGAGUUCUCACUUGGUGUAAAAGGCUCUCUUUACCCCGAUAGGAAUGGACCACGGACCAGGCUGAAAGGUCAACUACAGAUGAGUAUUAGCUUUGUUCUUCCACCCGUCCUAGCUUUGGUCCCUGAAGCUGUUCGUAGAGAUGUUGCAGAGUCGGUGCUAAGGGGACUACUGCAGAACAUGAAGAGUAAAGUAAACGGUAGCUUGCUUUCAGACUACGCCGAAUUCAAGAGGGAAAUGCAGAACAACUUAUUAGUCUGAACAGUAACUAUAGCUAUAGAGGUGCAUGGUGAUUUACACCAGUAUUAUUCAAGAAUGAAGAAAUUUUGUUUAUACUUUUUGACUUGAGAAAAAAAUAAAAAAAUUUGGAGAUGCGGGGGAUCGAACCCCGUGCCUCUCGCAUGCAAAGCGAGCGCUCUACCAUUUGAGCUA